AUGAAAGUUCCUGGUAAGAUGAAGCUAUUCAUGUGGAAGGCAGGAAAUAAUCUUCUUGCUACUAGAGUAAACCUUUUUACAAAAAAAGUUAUUGAGAACCCUUUAUACCCCAUCUGUUUGAAAGAAGAGGAGACUGUCAUGCAUGUUCUCUGGCAAUGCCCCGCAGCUAGAGAUGUGUGGGCUGAGUCUCACAGAGCAACUCAGAAAUGGGGUGCUAUGGAGACUAAUCUGCUAAAGCUUUGGGAAGAUUUGGAAGGGAAGCUUAACAAAAUUGAACUAGCUGAAGUUGCAGUCAUCAUGAGGGGCCUAUGGAUGAGAAGAAACAACUUUAUUUUUGAAAACAAAUUUCUUAAUCCGAGUAGUAUUAUCAGAUCUAUAAGAGAUUCUCUAAAAGAACACCACUUAGCAGAGGAGGGAAUAGCAGAUUCAAGUAGAAGAGGGGACAGUAGAGUAGAAGUCAUCCAGAAAUGGUCACCUCCAGGAGCAAAUAGCUUUAGAGCUAACUGGGAUGCAGCUUGUAAUGUCAAACACAGGAAAAUGGGGAUAGAUGUCAUUAUUAGAAAUGAAAAUGGGAAAGUCACAGCAAUAUACUGUGGAAUCAAAGGUAAUGUGGAUCAACCAGUAAUAGCAGAAGGUUUUGCCUUCAAAAAAGUCAUGGAACUUUGCAGAGACUUGGGACUCAACAAAGUGAUAUUUGAAGGAGAUGUUCAAAACAUUGUUAAAACUGUUUAUAGCCCAAAUGAAGAUUUAUCAUGCUUUGGCAGUAUCAUUGAAGAUUCAAAGUCUUUUUUAUCUGAGUGGUCCAAUUGGGUUGUUCGAUAUACUCACAUAAAUACAAAUACAGUAGCACAUAGUUUGGCUAAGUUAGCUUUAAGAUCAAAUGUAGAGCAAAUAUGA